AUGUCCGGCUGGUUGUUUCUUUUCCUGGCCGUAGCCUCUUGUCCCCUCGCGCCGGCCAGGAAAGACAAGGGCAAGAACGACGAUGUCGCUGAGAAGUGGAAGAAAAAGGACAUAAGGGACUAUAAUGAUGCAGAUAUGGAACGGCUGCUUGAUCAGUGGGAGGAAUCAGAUGAGGACAAAUUAGAAGAGGAUGAGCUGCCAGAAUGGAAAAGAGAGCCACCAAAGAUUGACAUGUCGCAGAUUGACCCUACUGACCCAGAAGGUUUUCUCAAAAUGUCCAAAAAGGGCAGGACCCUGAUGAUGUUUGCAACAGUUUCAGGGAACCCCACAGAAGAAGAGACAGAGAAACUGUCCAGUCUCUGGCACAGCAGUUUGUUCAAUGCUCAUAUUGAGACUCAGAGGUAUGUGGUGGGAGCCAACAGGGUACUGUUUAUGCUGAAAGAUGGGGCCAAGGCCUGGGAGAUUCGAGACUUCCUUGUGAAGCAGGAGCGCUGUGAGGAAGUGUCCAUUGAAGGACAGAGCUACCCUGGGGCAGGGGCAGAUGGAAAGAAAAGUGGAGAAGAGAAGAAGCCAUCAAAAAAAGGCAAGAGCAAGAAGGUAGAAUUGUAA